AUUGGUAGCCAUAUUUUCAAUGGCGGACGGCUAGUCGAACCGAGGAGACCUGGAGGCUUGUGAUUUUACUUUUUCUUGACGUUUAGAGGCCCGGACAAAACGAAUUGUGUAUGUCGUAUUUAAAGAGAUACUUUAAACUAUUGGAUUGAAAUAUUUUGAAGGGAAUCAAACGAUUCGUGAUGAAGUUUUUAAAUGUAUUUAAGAUGCGUCCUAAGCGCUGGGAAGUGAUUGGUGCCUAAUGAAAGAAAACAAUUCAUGGCGAUUGGAGGAUAAUUGUUUCACAUUUUGACUACACUUUUAAGAUGUAGCACAGAAAUAUGUGAAUGUUACAUUUUUAACUCCUUAUAAUAACCCAUUUUUUGAAUAGAAAUGGUGAAAGAGGGAGAGCGGGAAGGUCUUGCUAAUCCAACAUAUUUGAAAUGGAUUUUAGAGGCCAUUGGGAAAGUGAAAUGUCAGAAACAGCGACCUAGUUUGGAUCGAAUCUGUCAUGCAAUUCAGCAAUAUCACAAAGUCACCAAAGAGUCCAUUGAAGAACAGUUAAAUCUUGCUAUCAAGGAUGGCACUGUAUUGCAAGUAUAUAACAAAGGUUUGGUCUCGUACAAAGAUGCGGAUGCAAAUGCACACCUCAAGCCUAGGGUUUUACAUGUGGAUAAAUCAACAGAUUUGUGCAAAAUCAUUGUUAGGUCAAUCAGAGCAUUGGGUGAGGCGGAAGGCACGUCCUUAUCAAAGAUUGAAAAGAACAUUCAGAACAGUUACAAUGUGGAACUGCAUGAUGGGAUUGACUUGAUGCACCAGUUGAGGGAUUCCUUGAAGAGAGGAGAGUCGUCAGGGUUGUUGGUUAAAGAUGGACGCAUCGUCAAGCUUGGGGAGAAAAGUCAGGAGUCGGACUCUGCAGGAAGCAGUAGUCAUUCUGGAUCAUUUGAUGAAGAUUCAGGGAGUGAUCUGUCCUUUUCCUUCGAGCAGAAUUUGAAAUGUGCCAAACCUAUUCCAAUCUGCUGCUUCUGCUUGGGGGAUGAGAAGAAGAAUCGUAAUGAUGAAUAUGAGGAUCUGAUCUCCUGCGCUGACUGUGGUAACAGUGGUCACCCAUCUUGCCUGAAGUUUUCUGCCGAGUUAACGGAAGUGGUUAAGGCUCUAAGAUGGCAAUGUAUUGACUGUAAAAAAUGUUCCUUUUGUCAAAAAUCUGGAAGGGAGGAUAACAUGCUUUUCUGUGAUUGCUGUGACCGUGGUUUCCACAUGGGAUGCUGUGACCCACCACUAAACAAAGCCCCUAAAGGCAAAUGGAAAUGUAACAUAUGUGAUCCAAAUAGAGGCAGCAAGAAGGGGAAAAGAUACCUGGAACUGGCAGCUAAAAUGAAAAGGAAGUUCAGCACAGCAACAAAGAGUGUGCGAACACCAAAGGAGAAACCCCCAGUGGCAAAAUGUGCGACACCAGGCUGUGAUGGAGCUGGUAAUGUCAAUGGCAAGUCGGCAGUCCAUCGCACGCAAAUAUUUUGUCCGCUGUUGACGCCGCAGCAAAGACGAAUUUUCCGCAUACAGAAAAAAUUUGGGGUCAAGAAUGGCAUUCAUGGCAGCCACUCUGGCUCGGAAUCUGAGGAUGAGUCCUCAUCUGGUAAAGUAGCAUCUACUAAACACACAAAGGAUGCCAGUUCUCCCGGUGAUCAGUCAGAGAGCGAUGAGGAGACCUUUGAGCCGUUUUUUGCCUUGACCAAACCCAAGGGCUUAGUAGAUGGCUUGUCACGGUUUUUCACGCCAUCAAACAAAAGAACUUCUAGGGUGUCUUUGAAUUCUGGUGACUUUACGGCGUUGUCCAAUAAAGCCUGUUCUAUAAACAAUGGUGUAAAGCAAAGCAAUUCUCAGCAGGCCGCCAGUAGGAUACUUAAACGAUCUAGAAUGUUACAAGCUGCCAAAAGGUACACAGGGCCUCCGGGCAGUGGGCAGUUAAAGGGGCUAUUUGAUGGACUUUCCCAUUUGUUUACUGCUCAAGGGGAAAGAAAGAAACUGGUUCCAGACUAUGCUCCUGUAGCACGGGGCCGACGUCGAAUGAAAAUAUCAGAUUAUUUCAAUAAGUGUAGCCCUAUUUAUAGUAAUAACAACAUCAGUGACAUUCUAGAGAAACCGGCAAUGAGAUCAUGCUCUCCCUCUUCCUCUGUUGACUUGCUAGAAGGGCCAGACCAGUCUACCACAUUAGUUGAACCGUCCAAUGACUUUCCCCUAGUUAUACCUGAGCUGUCUGUGGCCCGAGGGCGAGGAGCAGUUCGAGGUAGGGGGCGGGGUCGAGGCAGGGCUAGGGGUAGCAGUACACUUAAUUCAGUGCGAGGGAGAGGGCAGAGUAGAGGGCGACCCUUUGUGAAAAGGGGAAGGCCAUUUGGUAGAGGGAGGCCAUUUAAUUCUAGGAGUAGACCCUUCAGUCGGGGUAGGCCUUUUAGUAAAAGAGGACAGUCUUCAAGUAAAGAACAAUCAUGUGGUCGUGGAAGGCCCUAUAGUGUAGGUAGACCAUUCAGUAGAGGUAGGCCCUUUAGUCGAGGGAGGCCGUUCAGUAGAGGAAGGCCAUUCAGCCGAGGGAGAGUAAAACUGGGGAGACCAUUCAGCAGAAUCCUUUCACCUGGUCGAGGAAUGAGUGCUGGCAGAGUAAGUCGUGGUCGAGGCAUGGGUAGAGGAAAAGGCAGAGGUGUUGGCAGAGGACGAGGUGCAAAGAAGGAACUUGUUAGCAAUCUAUUUGAGUCCAAAGACCUGCCAAUGACUUCACCGCCAGUAUUUGACAGACCUGCUAGAGGAGCACAUUCCAAACUCACAUCGUCGCCGAUCAUCCAUUCCCCAGUGAAUCAUACACCAAGAGGCCGGGGGCGGGGUAGGGGUGGCAGUCACGGAACCCCUGUCCCCCAGGCCCCUUCAUCAGACAGCGAUGAUGAAAGUGAUGACAGUGAUGACAGCGAUGAUGAGGAUGAUGAUGAUGAUGAUGAUGAUGAUGAUGAGGACUCUGUCAUCCUUUCCAGUGGAUUAGGACACAGGGAUGAUGAAAAAGUUGAGCUCGACAACAACGGACUUCCACCACACGUCACAGACGAUGAUGUGGAUCUCUUCAAACUUGCCCAGGAGAAGGCACAGGAAGCUCUCAACCAGUAUGAUAUUGAUUUGCAGGAUGCGGCUAGCAACUGCAGCAGUGAGCUUUCAGAAGCUCCGGCCCCUACACCAGUUCAGGGCCGCUUUCCCCCCUGCAUUGAAUUUGGGAAGUAUGAAAUACAGACAUGGUACUCAUCGCCCUACCCGCAGGAAUACGCCAGACUGCCCAGGCUAUAUAUCUGCGAGUACUGUCUGAAGUACAUGAAGAGCCGGAACAUUCUACAGCGACAUAUGAAUAAAUGUGACCUGCACCAUCCGCCAGCUAAUGAGAUCUACCGUAAAGACGGAAUAUCUGUGUUCGAGGUUGAUGGUAAUGCCAGCAAGAUCUACUGUCAAAAUUUGUGCCUUCUCGCCAAACUUUUCCUUGACCAUAAAACCCUUUACUACGACGUAGAGCCAUUCCUGUUCUAUGUUGUUACCACGAACGAUGAGCUUGGCUGUCAUGUCAUUGGCUACUUCUCCAAGGAGAAGCACUGUCAGCAGAAGUACAAUGUGUCAUGUAUAAUGACAAUGCCCCAGUAUCAGCGUAAAGGCUAUGGCCGUUUCCUCAUCGACUUUAGUUAUUUGUUAUCAAGGAUCGAGGGACAGCCGGGCUCUCCAGAGAAGCCUCUCUCUGAUCUUGGCAAAGUCAGUUACCAGGCCUACUGGAAAAGCAUUAUUCUGGAAUACCUUCACAAGUAUCCGGACACAAAAGUCUCCAUCAAAUCUAUUAGCCGUACGACUGGUGUGUGUCCUCACGAUGUUGGGCAGACCUUGCAUCAGCUUAACAUGGUUGCUCACAAAGACAGCAAAAUUGUGAUAGCGGUCAAUAAGCAGUUGGUUAAGGACCAUAUGGAAAGGUUGGAGGCAAAGCGCCAUCAGCGGAUAGAACUUGACCCAGACAGUCUGCGUUGGACACCCCUCAUAUCUAGUCAUUGUAUCAAUGAGGAGGAGCGCCGCGCAGAAACGGAGUUGAGAGAGAUGUCAAAAAUGGUGAACACUAUAGCUGAAGACCGAGAGUGGAUGCAGUCUGUUAGUCCCAGAAAAUGUGAAACGUCCUCACCGAAAAAGAGAGACUCGCCAUACAAAUUAGAAAUCAGUCCCCGGAGAAUGGAGCUCUCUCCUCGUAAAAGUAUAGACAAUCCAGUGAAAAUUCCCCAGGAUGGAACUCCGUUUACAAGUCGAGAAUCAUCACCGCAACCUUCUCCUAAAAAGGAAGAUGAGACCUCCAAGGAUGAAAGUGUAGAGCAUUUAAUAGAGCAAUAUGUGGACAAAAGGGACAAUAAACUUAAACGAAAAGAUGACAGCCCAAGUGAUGAUAGUCCCGCCCCUAAGAGAAGGCCUGGCAGGCCACCAGCAAAGAAGCGGAAGCUGACGGACUCCGAUAACAACAACUCCAGUAAUAAGAAGUCCCGGAGAGAAAGUGGUCGUGGCGACAGACAAACAGAUGAUGCAGUGAGCUUGUCUGAUAGUGCUAUGGAAUUCUCAUCCUCUGGCUCCUACAAAAGCCACAUGCCACGAGAGAAGAUGAAUGGUCAGUCCGAUACCCAUCUGGAGUCGGUGCCAGAAGAGGAUGAGGAAGAGGAGAAAGUCCCAACUCCAAAACAGCGCCGCUCUCGUCAAGGGUGGCCAAAGGGGGUGCCACGUGGUUCACCAGUGAAGAAAGUAAAGAAAGCUCGGGGCAGGCCCCCAAAGUGUAAUUACCGGUCACUUGCAGACACAAAGGAUGAGAGUACAGACAACACAGUUGACACAGAUAAUGAUGUGGAUGGAGGAACUGACAAAACAGAUACAGAUUUAAAUGGACAUACAGUAAAUUCUGCUGAGGAGGACAUACCUAUGGAUGAGACAACAAAGGAGACACUGCACAAGUCAUCGAAAGAGUCUCGGGAAUUGUCAAAUGAACCAUGUAACUUGUCCUCCACAGAGGAAGCUGUCAGCCACAUUCUGUCAGAGUCUGAGGACCUACCCACGAAGUUAUUUGGUGAUGUCACCGAUGAUAAUGACUGUGAUAAUAGUAAUGGGAAGAAAAAGUCGGAUGAAAACCUUAACAAAACCAAUGAUUCUGCAGACGAUUCGGAUGAUGACAGUGAAGAGAACAGUCGUGAGAUUGAGGAGGCUGUCCAUGCUCUCCAGGAGGCUGAACAGAAUCAGGAAGGUGAUGACAGGGGAGACGACUCUGAAGAGGAGACUAACAAUGCGGGAGAGAUGAAGGCUGACAGUCCUGAACAGGAGAGGGAGCAUUUGACACCAGAUGUACUGCCAGUCCACGAGCCUAGUCCAGCCCCACAGCCAACUGUGACCGACUGUGUGUCAGACACAAACAGUGAUGUGCCUGCCCCUCUAACACCUCAGGUCCCCACCCCACCCCCUGUGGUGGAGGGGCUCACUCCGGAGUGUACCUCACCUGUGGAGGAGCAGACGUCGCCAGUCCCUCAGGUAGAUACCCUGCCACUGGCUGAAGGUAAACCUGUGGACAGCACGCCUCAGAAACCCCCAACACUGAUGGAAACUGAUGAUGUAGACUCAGCUUUAGAGGAUGAGAAUUCGUCUGAUGAUGACAUUCCAAGUGACGACAACUAUCCGGGACAGUAUUGUGAUUCUCCUGUGAGAGAGACGAUGAACACUUCACAAAACUUUCAGGAAACUUUCACUGAGGAACUGCGUACAAACUUUGACCGUGGUCCAGCUAGUAACAUGUCUGGUCAUGCUAGUAAUAUGUCGGGACCAGCAAGUAACAUGUCUGUGACAGGACCGGCCAGUAACAUGUCUGUGACAGGACCGGCUAGCAACAUGUCUGUGACAGGACCUGCAAGUAACAUGUCUGUGACAGGGCCAGCCAGUAACAUGUCUGUGACAGGACCAGCUAGUAACAUGUCUGGCCCAGCUAGUAAUUUAUCUUCAACUACUGAUCAAAUGGCACAGAGAGACAGUAUGAAUAUGGGAUGUGUAGAGACUCCCCCAGCUGCGACUGUGUCGGCACCCUCGGCCCCUCCCCCUGCCCCUACACAGGCUCCCCCUGCCCAACCUCCAACCCCAGCCCAGCCCCCUGUUCCAACUCCAGCUCAACAAACUCAUCCAAAUCAAAACUGUGGCAAUGUGCAGAGCAUCUAUCCAUCACCAAACAAUCCCAUCAACAACAUUCCUAACGCCAACAUGGCCUCCAGCAACUACCCAAAUGUAGACAUUGAUGUGGCUCAGCUGGGCCUGGAGUCGCCCACUUCCAUCAGCAGUACAGAGAUGACAAAUCCAAACAUGGGCGGCGAUUCGGUGGGCAACUAUUACGACUGUGCUCAGACACAACAAAUGUACAUCAGCAACAUGAUGGCUAGUGGUCGCUACAUGGAUAUGGUAAACUCUCCACAUCCAGUCAGCUGUUCGAGUGCUGGCAGUAACUAUAUGCAGACUGGUCCAGCUAACACUAUGCCUAGUUACUGCCCGCCGCCACCUGUGUCCUCGUACGCAUCAGUGCUAUUGCAACAGAACAACACUCAUAGACUCACCCACAACAACACGCCGUGUUCCGUCCCUGUAGGUCGUCAGUUCGCAGGCCAGAACCCAGGACCAAAUCAAAACAAUUCCAGCUGUAGUAUUGCCAAGCUACAACAGCUGACUAAUGGGUUGGUGGACAUUAAUAUGCCUGACAACACCAUGACUCCACCUCCUAACCUCACUCCCCCACCCCCUGUGAAUAUGACACCUCCUCCAUCUAUGAUCAGAAACAUGGCAACCCCACCCAUCUCCAACCUGCAGGCUCAGAAUUCAUCGUCGCUUGUGCCUCAGUACAAACAGUACCAAAGACAACGAUCCUCAUCAACUUCCGUAAGGAAAAGUCCCAAUGUUACAGUAAACCCAAACAUGCCCCCUUUUACUCCUAAUGUGACAAUUCGGCCAGGUUCCAAUAUGAUCACUGGUUACAACAUGCUGGAUAGCUAUCGCAUGCGUCAGCCCAUGCUUAACCCAGGAUACAUCAAUCAUGCUGGCUUCAUCAACCAGCUUGGCCAGACACCACAGCUGCCCAUGCAAAUGUUGAAUAUGAACAUGAACAUGAACUCUGCGGCACACCAGCAAUUUCAGCAGCACAUGCAAGCACCUCAGUCCAACAAUUCUUACCCAGCGUACGGAUACAUGGCCGCGCCCACACUUAAUAUGAAUGGAAUGAUGCGCAGGUAGCACCCACUAACUUGGGUGUAUCUACAACAUAUCUUGUGCUGCAGAGUUCUUUAUUUUUAAUGGUUCUCAUGCACUCUAUUUUCAUGGUCAUCUUUUUUUACCAUUCAGCACCAUUCUUACAUCGUGAUGACAUUUUUUUUCAUUCAGAGACAAAGAAGUAAAAAUGAAAUAUGACCUCAUGAACACAUUUUCAAUUGCGAAAAAAAGAAAUGCUGAGAAAUUUGAGCCAUCAAAAAUGAAGUACAUUUACAGUAAUUUCUCAUAUCUCAUGUGAUCACCUCUUUCCAUGCAAAUAUUAUAGUAAUAUAAGUACUGCCUUUGUAAAUACUUUUCUUAAAGUUAUUUGUACAUUUUUGUUUGUCAUUAUUAACAUUGUUACACGAUAUAUAUAGAUAUAUAUAUAUAUAUAUGUCCAGAAUCAUCAUCGCUCUUUCAUGUCAUUUCCAGAGGACAAUGUCCUCCUUGGUUCAUUAAUGUAGAUCUAAGUUGAUGAUAGGAAUUAUACUUGUGGUAACACAGGUUCUCAUUGUUAAUGCUAUCUGCUUGUAUAUCUUAAAAUCCUAGUAAAACUGAUGCAGUGUUUCGUGCUGAUUGUAAAGGGUUUUACUUCUCAGCUUUCGAAAGAAGGUAUAUUUAAAAUUUCAUGCACAGAAACAAAUUUUUGGACACUUCAACCCCCCUCCCCCCUUACAAAUAACCCCCCUCCCCUUCAAGUUAAAUUUAUAACAAGGAGAAAUUCAAAGUUGUGAUAUUGUUGUCGAGUUUACCAGAGGGAAUGUUUGAGUUGGGAUACCUGUGUAUUUAUAUAGUCCAAUGAACAAUUAUUUACUAAAAAUGCAGAUAGCAUGACAAUGAGACAGCUGAAUACUUGUGAUUGUUUAAUGUGACAUGGUGCAUCAUCACAUGGUGGUAUUUGUUUUUGUGAUCAAUAGAUUGUCCUAUCAACUUUUCCUCAGGUAUUCCUCUCGGACCUGUAGUCAGUGGCUGUUUAUAUGUUGAUGUGUGUGUGAUGUGAGGGAUGUGUGUAUUUAACAAUGUAUGUUAGCGGGGAAACAAAGUUGUUACAACUUGUACAGACUUAAUUACCACAUUAUUGGAUUUGAUAAGAGCACCUGACUGUCAAAUUACCAGGCAAUAAGAUAUGACAGUGGUGCUUUACUAGAGCAUACAAUACAAAUCAUACCAGAUUUUGGGUAACAGCCAUGAGGAAACAAUUGUUUUGAGAUACGGAAUACCAAGGCGUAGGCUUUUAUUUUGAUUUAGGUGUUUAUCACAUCGUUAAGGUGUUUAUCACAUCGUUAAGGUGUUUAUCACAUCGUUAAGGCCAAGUUGGUGACAAUCUUACAGAAAUAUCUCAAAAUUUAUAGCUCAAGCUCUCAGUAUGUGACAUAUACUCUUUGAGUAUGAAGAACAUGUUCUCAAAGUAAAGUGCUUAAUGAAUUGUGAUAGAUUUGGCUGAGAGUUCCAUAGCCAAUGAAUAUAUGGUUCCCACCGCCAUAGACCUUGAAUGGCUGGACCAAAAAGAGGUCUUAAUAAUGUAUCUAAAACAAUCUUUAUUAUAUAAUUUAUACCAAUGAGUCCUAGCAUCAGUUGAUUUUCAUGGAUAGAGAGGUGCUAAGGUGUUUACCAGAACUUUCUCUUUUGAAGGGUGAAGUUAUAUAGGAAAAUGUCACCUGAUAGAAUAAUUAUAACAAAAUAGCACAUUGAUGGCAUAUACCGUGAAACCUGUCUAAUCUCACACCAUGGGGGAGUGACAGUUUUGGUCGGAUAAAUCAGGGUGUUAGAAAAGUCCGGUAUUGUUGUUAACUUGGUAUUUUUGCUAUCUGCGAGAUACAUCAAAGCAUGCCUACAACUAAUAAUGUGCAUACAAGUACAUUGAUGUUUAAAUAAAAGUAUUGAAUCAAUGACUAUUUAAUUUGACGUUCUGAUAUAAAAGUACCCUACAUAUUUUGUAUGGAGAUAUAUGGUGACUCGAUCGUAUGGGGUUAGAUACACCUAUAUCUACUUACCACCUACUUAAGAAAUGUGUCUAUUGCCACAUGUUUCCAUGUAGAUCGAUCAUCUUUUGCAAACUCACUCAUUGAUGUCAACAUCAGCAAAUUAUUGCUGUGUGUGAAUUGACUUAAGGAUUCAUAUGUCGUCAUCCUCAACGAUUAGACAUCUUUUAUUUUUGACUCCGACAUUGACAAAUUUGUCCGCAGAACCGUAAGUGGUACAUAAUUCAUUUUGUUAUCAGAUUUUGCAUACACAGUGAUUGCAGGGUCCUCAAUGGGGGAAACCGACCUGGUGUGAAAAACAGGCUUGAAUUGUUGAUUGUGAAGAGGCUAUGCUAGAUUUUUAACAUCCUUAUACAACAUAGUAAAUCAAGCACUGCGAAAAUAUAACUGCUACUGAUAAGUUCACAUCUGUGUCAAAAACACCUCUGACGUUUACUCACUACGUAAACAGUAUACAGUACAAAAAUCCUCCCUUUUGUAUCUCCGCUGCACUGACUGACCAUCGUCGCGUCGAACAUAAUGGCUGUUUACACAUGCAGUGCACCAAACUUGCACAUUUGUAAUCCUCACUGAAUCUUGUUCCAUUACGUGUCGGAUUAACCAGGUACAAUUAAGUACCAUAGAUAAGUUGCCGUCAUAGAAAUAUGUCGGAAUUCGGGGAAUAAGGUACAGUGACAAAUUUGACAGGAUGUUGGAAAAGUCAAGUGUUAGAUUAUACAGGUUUCACUGUUAUGCAAUAAACCUUAGCGGAAAGAGUGAAAAUAGGUUGAACUAGAAUUAAAGACAUUUUCAAAUUAAUGAUAAAGCUGAAGGGUUAUGUAGUCUGACUGUCGUUAAUGGUAGAGUUUGUCCCCUCAGACUCGUUUUUCAUCAACUACUGGGGCUUGCCUGUUACCGUACAGGUAACAAUCUGUUCCAAUACUGCCUUCUGAACUGUCACAGCCAUUAAUCUCCUUUUCCCCUUAAAAUGCUACUGGUUUAGCUGGGUGACUGCUUGCCAGCCUUUAAGCUUAUCUAUGAUAUUUUUAUCCAACCAUCAAAUAGAGGGCUGUUUUAAUUGCCAUUUGUUCAUGGUCCGUCGUGGCAUCGUCUGUAAGAUUGUGUGAUUGCCCCUUGGUCCCUAAUUGUGCAUUAAUCAGAAAACCAUAUGGCCAUCUUAAAUUUUUACAGGGUGAAGUUUGUCAUCACUACAUUUUGUAUUUCUUGAUCUUCAUUGAUCUUUGACAGUUGAAAAUUGAUACCACUAUAUCUUCAGAAGUAAUGAAAUUUUAUUUAGUUGAUGUGUAGGUUCUCCUUAGUCGCUAGUUGUUCCGUUUAAUUUUGAGUUUGAUUUGAAAACAAAAUGGCUAAUAGGCAGCCAUCUUUGAUUUUGACAGUUUAUGUUUAUGGAAGCUUGAUGAAGUAAGCAAAAAGAAAUACUCUGACGAAAGGGUACGAGGGUUACAAUUACUGCUAAUCAUUCAAUAUCUUCUGCUGACAUUUGGCCUUUACUUCAUAGAAAACAAAGACAAUGUCAUAAGAAUAAAACGGGUUUCAUCUUGACCCACAUUAAAUUGUGAAUUCUGAAUAGCAUUGAAUACUUGGUGAGUGAUGCAGGCCCAUUGGAUCUGUUGUGUUAUACAUGUGUGAGCUAGUUAUGUGAGGUCAUUCUAAUUGUUAACUAUGUUGAUUUCAACUAGCAGGAUAUGAUUUUGAUAAAUUACUUUCUAACCAUAGUGAAACCUGUUAAAGAAUUCUGCUAUAGCAACAUUUUCCCAGACUUUAAAUGCAACAUAAGCUCUACUGAACUAAAAUGUUUACUUUAUCUCUAAGGGACCAAGUUUGAACUGUUACUAGAGCUCCUGCCCUACACUAUUGAACAUGCUCACAUUUCAAGUGAUAUACUACAAUUAUAUCUUUGUGUGGAAUUGUAAUGAAGCACUUUUCAAACAAUUUUGAUACAGGUCGUUUUGUUAUGUAUGCAUAUGAGAAUUCCGUUUUCUUCACUUUUUAGUUGUGGUUGAAUCUCAAUCUCCGUUUUAUUACCUCAAUCACUUACAUGGGCUGUGCAUCCAGUUAAAAUAUUUCAAGUUUGAAUUGACCAUAUGCGAAAUCUAGGUCCAAACUUGUAUUCGCUUAUACAUUUGUAAUUAAGUUUGAUAUAUAUAAUGUAUUUUGUCUGCUUUUGUGACACAAAAUUUUGUAUGGAAGUCUUGAAUCUGAAGAGACCAACAAAGACCCUGUGUGCUUAAUGGGCAUAUUAUGUUUACAAACUAUGCAUUGUUUCAUCAAGGUUUUGACUAGUGUGUGGAGUAUGGCCAUGUUGGCAAAUUUAGGUGGCAAAAAAAAACAACAAAUUCUUGUCAUUGCUCAAUCGGACUCAUUUCAAGAUGCAUUUUAAUGAAACGUUCACUUGCUGUUAAGAACUAGAUAAUCUCGGGUUAGUGUUUUGGACAUCGCAUCCCAAAAAUAAAGGUCAACUUUAUUUUGGGCUUUGGACUUCGUAGAAUUUGGCUUAUUCCAAUACGGCCCAUAUAUACAGAUUUUUAUGAACAUGGUCAGAAUAAAAAAAGAAGUCACAUGACUCAAGGUCACCAGGUCAAAGGUGAAGCAGGAUUUAAUAAGAAACUUCUAGCUAAAUUUAGUGUGACUUUUUUUCCAUCCUACGUAAAGAAUUAACACCAAAUAGUGAAUGUCCGUUAUCAGAAAAAUGACACUUUCAGAUAUUGUUUUUAAUUGUUAAAAGGGAUGAAAUUGGCAAAAAUUUUGACCCGUUUAAAUAUGCUGGAAUCAAAUACUCUUCAACUUCACACUAGAUAUAAGUUUAUUUGUUGUACUGAAGAUUUUGCUUUCUUGACUUAAUGAUUUCAUUGAGGUCACAAAUAUAUUGGACAACACCCUUGGUACCCAUGUUCUGAGUGCAAAUGCAUUGCUUCAUCACCUACUAGUAAACAGAUAGUUAACAACACGGGCGAGAGUUAACAACACGGGCGAGAGUAUAAUUGCUGUCUCUUUUACCCCACCAUCAUUAAAAGAUACUCGUUGUGCCCAUUUAACUUUGAGUUGGAUCUAGAAAUCAAAAUGGCCGAUAAGCACCCGUCUUUGACUAUGACAGUUGAAAUUUGUUAUUGAUAUGUCAAAGUUCAAAUCUUUUUUCGACUCUUUAUGUAGGCUCCCCAUGUUAGGAAAUGAUUAAUAGGAAGAGCGGAAAAGUAAGGGAAAGAUUUGUCUUUCAUAGGACCAACCAAGAUGAUUUAAUGGUGGGCACCAGGAUCCCUUAGGGAUCUCUUGAUUGGUUUUAAAUUGAACUGUAUUUGAAGAUUAAUGCCAUUAAGACCAUGUCCGUAAAAUUCCUCAACAAAGUUCUAAAAUAUACUUAAGUUAGGACCAUGUCACCAAAAUGUUUAAAGUAUAGAGUCGUGUAAAGUAUGUAACAAUCACCCCAGCAUCCCCCACUAGGUUUCAAUAGACGUUCAAUAAAAACCGAGGAUAUUUUUGUAGAGGGCCGUGGAGCCUGUACCAGUAAGAACUUAACAAUGUGCAAUAAAAUGUGUAUAUUUCUAUCUCCUCAUGCCAUUAAGAUAGUUAUAUGUAAAUACUUAAAGUAAAUUAUGUAAAAACAUUAUAACCAAGCCAACAAAAAAUUGAUUGAUUCUGAAACUUGCCAUAUUAGGUUGAGUGCUUGAGAAGUGUGUUGAUUGUGUAAGUUGGAAUUUGAAACGAGACAUUAGUGUAAAAAAGGAGUGUGUUGGUGCAUUUUAUGUGUGAGGAGCUUAUAUAGGAUGUGUAUCAGUAGGAUGUGAGAAUGUGUUAAAGUGAGGUAGCAGGCUUUGAAGGGUUUGGUUGUCUUUCGUUCUGUAUAAUAUUGCUGGUGUUCAUUCAUCUUAUCAGAUUGGCAUCCUGUCACAUGCCACUCUGGUAAGCAUCAGAAUACUUGUUAUAUUUUUGUCUAGAAUGUAUAUAUAUAUAUAUGUGAUGCCAUCAAUUUGUGGAUUGUGCAUUUUAAAACAACCAAAAAAAGUUAACAAUAAAUUAUGAUCUUUUUUCAGAACUGAAAUACA